GAGCAGAGUUCGCCACCGAGGGAGUCCGGCGAAGCGUUUUUUUUCGGCCGCUUCGGAUGGCCAUGGACUGCGAGUUCCCGGAAGACUGGGAGGCCGUGGCUUUUGAGGAGGAGGUGGCAGUGGACGACUUCGAGGAGGAGCCCUUGCAAGAGCCUCCAGAACUUCCAGAGGGGCUGAUUGAAGAGCUGGAGGAGGAGCUGCAGGAGGAAGUCCUCCUUGAGGCGCCUGAGGCCUUGCCUGCCGAGGAGGUCGAUGACGAGGAGCUAGCAGCCCUGGAAGCAGCCGCCUGCGCUCGCUGGGAGGCCGAAGGCGCCGGAGAGGAGGUCGAAGCGAGCGCGGUCACACAGGCCGUACAGAGGGAUGCCAGGAGCACAGGGCCCCGAAAUCUCCACAAGGAGCCUUGGAAGGCCAACUGGGCCGGGAACAGGAGCCAUGACAAGGGCAAGGACAAGGGCAAAGGCAACAAGCAAAAGAACAAGAACAAGGCCUGGGAGGCCUUUCAGCAACGAGUCCAGGCGCAGGUGCGUGAGACCUGGCCCACGCCCAGGCCGCCGCCCGUGGCCAGAGGCGCAUGGAUCCGACCGCCAGCGAAAGGAGGCCAUUUGAAAGGAGCGAAGGGAGGGAAGUUUCCGCUCCGAGGGCAACGGGUGUGGCAAGAUCGCGAGAAGGGCGGCAAAGGAUCCGCAGGCUUUCGAGCCCAGCCCAGACCAGAAUUGUCUGCCAGACAAGCAGGCCAUCAAGUCCAACCAAAAGUCGCAGGGCGGGAUCGACGGGUGGACGCCGGCUGGGCCCAGAACUGGGCGCCGCCAGGCGGCCAGAAGCGGCCCUCGGAGUCCAAAGGCGGCGACGCGAAGCGCGCCAAGCCGGAGGCGCCGGAGCCGCUGCACGACUGGGAGUCGGAGCCGCAGCCAAAGGAGCGCAAGGUGCAGACUGCCAAGGUGAAGCUCAAGGGCUCCGUGGCGGAGAAGGUGCAGCAGCUGGCCGCGCGGGGCGUCAAGCUGAAGCUCACGGCGCUGCAGCGGCUGGCGGCGGCGGAGCCGGGGGACGCCGCGGCGCUGCUGCAGGCCCUGCUCGCGCGCGGCCACGUGAACAACCCGUCCGCCUUUGUGAUUGGAAGCCUAGAGCUUCGGGCAGCCAAGACAGCGGGGAGUCUGCCCGAUCAGAGGGUUCAGAAGACCAUCGUCAAGGCCAAAGCGCAGCCUUCUGCCCCCGUCAAGAUCGUUAAGGCCAAAGCUCAGCCUCCUGCGGAAGCUCAGAAGAUCCUCAUCUUCGACUCCCAAUCUCAGCCUCUCGCCAAGAUUCCGGGACUUGGGCAGCCACCUCUCCCGAGGCCCAAGGACCUGGACUUUGAGCGCUUGGCCGUGGAGGCCAAGCUCCUGUCACUGAACCGCCAGCAGAUCUGGCCCAAGCGAGGCCCUCACCCCUUGGACGAGGCCACCCUCGCGGUGCUGAUGCAGAUCGAGCCGGCGCGUGCUUUGGAGAUCCUGGAUGAGGUGGAGGCCCAGGGUGUGCAGCUGGCGGACCCCGCCCGCUUCGCCCGGGAGCUCGCGGCCGACGAGGAGAAGGUUUAUCCUGCGUGACGCUUCAGGGUGCUUUGGAGCGGCAUGC